AUGGGUGUCGAAACCGAAUUGACCUGGGCCGAUAUCAAACGCCACAGUACCCCGCUGGACCUCUGGGUCACAAUCGACGGGAAAGUCUACGAUGUGACUGAAUAUCAACAAGACCACCCUGGAGGAGAAGAGAUUCUACGCGAUUUUUCUGGACAAGAUGCCACCGCUGCCUUUGUCGAUGCCGGGCAUUCCCACGAUGCAUACGAGAAAUUGGAGUCACUGUUAAUUGGCAGACUCGAGCAGAGCAAUGUCGUGAAGCAGCGCCAGCAGCAGCGGACCGCAACAGUGGGACCAAUCUCAGUGGUCCCGGGUAAGCAGAAGCAGCCAGACUCCCCUGCGCUCCCCGUCAAGAUGGGCAUUGUGGCCGGAUCAGGAGGCGCAUUAUUGAUCCUCGCUGCCUCCUAUGCCGCAGUUCAAGGGUACUUUGCUGAAGGGCUUGCCUUAUUGCGACCUACGUUUGCCCCGGGAUCCAUUCCAGCAAACGCCGGGAGAGGCUAUCUGAACGGGAUUUUGACGGCCAUCGCCUGCCAGGGUGUGGCAGGAACACUGCUCGGGCUACACCUCAACAAAGCCCUCUUUCACCGGCAUCGGGAAUUAGAAGACUAUCCCCGGGCCAGGAAACCUUCCAUGCCCAUCACCUCGCGGCGCGGAUCGGUGGGUUUGCAUCGAGACCAGACCACGAUGCUGACACUAGCGUCGCGGCAAUGCAUCGGCGACUCGGGCAAGGAAAGUAGCAAUCCUGUCUACCGAAUCAGGCUCAAAUUUCCCGACGCUACUGCAAGGCUGAACCUCAGCGUGGGCCAGCAUAUCAGAAUAUCCGCCGAAAUCGACGGCAGAUUGGUCCACCGCAGUUAUACCCCGGUCUCGAGCGAGCAUGAGCGCGGGAUGGUUGAUUUGAUCGUCAAGGUUUACCCGCAGGGCCGCAUGGGUAAUUAUCUUCAAGGACUUCCGCUCCAGUCGUCAGUUGCUGUCUGCGGGCCAUUUGGCAAUUAUCGCCCGAAUCCCGCAUGGACAACCAUUGGGUGUAUCGCUGGGGGCACAGGGAUCACCCCAAUCUACCAAGUCCUUCGCGAAUGGUGUCAUAAGACUAGGGGGGAGCGGGCCGUUCUGCUCUACGGCAGCGAGAGACAGGAGGACAUCCUUCUGCGAGACGAGCUGGAUGCCCUUGUCGGCAGAUACCCCGAGCGAGUCCAAGUGCAUCACGUUCUAAGCCAACCUUCUCCCGGGUGGACGGGUCUGACGGGACGAGUGACUCGGGAGAUGAUGGAGGAGCUUCUGCCGCGACCAGCGUCUAACGCUGGGUUUUUGAUUUGCGGGCCUGAUGGAAUGGUUCGAGCCAUCCGGGGCCAUCUUGAGGCUAUUCAAGGGACCCGUGAAGAUAAAGCAGGAGUAUUUGUUUUCUAG